GAUGAAUCCAUGGUAUAAAUCGGUUGUUGAUCGGUGAAUUUGAGAACCCGUCUUUUUAUAUCAAUUUGAUACUGUUUUGUUUUUGUUAUAGAGUUUUCAUUUCACAAUUAGGACGUGAAAAAUGCAGUGAGACAAAAAUGGGAAAGCACAAGAGAAAACACAAAAACAAGAAACAUCAUGACUCCAGUUCUGAGGGAGAAUGGGUGGAGAAGAAAAUCAGGAAGGAUUCCACUUCAGAUGAUGAGAGUACUAUUAGAAAAAAGAGCAAGUUGAAAUAUUCUCACAGAUCGAGUUCAGAAGAAAAAUCAAGUACACCUGAUGAGAUGAUUUCCAAAGAAGAGAGAUCACAUAAAAGGUGCCAUAAAAGUAAAUCAAAGCGUGAUAGAUCAAGUUCAAAGGAUUCAUACUCUUCAGCAUCCAGUAGAGACGAGGUAACUAUGAAAAGAAAACAUAAAUUUACUUCAGAGAAAAAAAAUUUCUCUAGACCUUCAAGAAAUUCGUGUACCACAUUGUCAAGUGGAGAUGAGGCAUAUAGUGAAGAAAAACUGAAAAGUACUAAGGACAUACACAGGCAAUUUGAAAACUCAACUACAAAGAAAAAAACUUCUGCUAGAGAUGAAUGGAUGAACUUACCUACUAGUUUUUCCAGUUUUUCUAAUUUUGACCGCAAAACAGAAAGAGGAACCGAGAAAAAUUUGGAGAAGGAAAAACAACAAUAUAAUCCGAGAGAGUGUGGACGCGAAUUGAAUUUUUACUGGAAGAAUGGCGGAAAUGGACUGCCAUCAUUCGUAAAACCUGAAGAUUCAGAUGGUGAUCAGAAAUCGUAUACUACCCAUAUAAAGAAUAAAUCCAGAAUAUCAAAUUGGAGAAAGAAAAAGAUCGAGCCAGAACUUCCAAUUGACCCUUCUGAAAAUAAAACCAAACAGUGUACUGAUGAUAAUUCAGCUGAACAUAACAUUGUUACUUCAGAAAAAGACCUCAAUGUUUUAGCCUCAAAAUUAGUCAAAGCUGAGAUAAUGGGCAAUACAAAGUUAGUUGCAGAAUUAAAGGAAAAGUUAGAGAGAGCUAGAAAUGAGGUGAAAGACAGGAGCACAAAUUCAAGAGAAGAACAUGUAAUUCUAACUCAUACCGAUUCUCAAGGUAGAUCACAGCCCUUAACAUUGCAGGCUGAAUAUGAAGAGCUUUCUUCUAAGAAAGGCAAGAAAAAAAGAGUAGAGACUCACGAAGGGGGACAAAGGGUAAGAUAUUUUUCUAACGAUGAUAAAUAUUCAUUGAAACAAAUGUUUGAGAGUGAAAAAUAUAAUUCCGUAGAAGAUCAGAAUAAGGAAUUUUUGAAAAUGACGAGCAAAAUAGGCAAAAAUGAUGACUUAGACGAUAUUUUUACAGACAAUAUUAGAAACGCCGAGUCAAGUUCAAAAGUAGACACUAGAAAUCGUGACAAAGCUGUACAUAAUCAUGCUACACUCAGUAAAAGUUUAGAUAACUGUGACAAAUGCAUUCAGUCACAAGUGAUGCUGAAGCAUUUAAUGAUUUCUAUGGGGGAGACUGCAUAUCUUGCCCUGCCUGCCCAUGAACCAUUAAGUACAGGUCAUUGUAUGAUAGUCCCCAUUAGACACGUACCUUGUUCAACUCAACUCGACGAGAACGAAUGGUCUGAUAUUAUAGAUUUGAGAAGAUCCAUUACGCAAUUAUUCAAAGCAAACAAUGAGGAAGUAAUCUUUUUCGAAACUGCCAUGAAAUUUCAUAAAUAUCCUCAUAUGGUUAUUGAAUGCAUUCCUCUGCCCAAAGAAGAUGGUGACAUGGCUCCUAUUUAUUUCAAAAAGGCAAUCGAUGAAUCAGAGUAUGAAUGGUCUCAAAACAAAAAAUUGGUAUCACUCAAAGGGAGAGACAUCAGAAAGGCUGUGCCUAAGGGAUUACCAUACUUUUCAGUUUCAUUUGGUAUGGAGGAAGGUUUUGCACAUGUUAUUGAAGAUGAACAAUAUUUUCCUUCAAAUUUUGCUCAGGAAAUUAUAGGGGGAAUGCUUGAUUUGCAUCACAGUAAAUGGAGAAAGCCAAAAAAGCAGAACUUUGAUGAACAAAGUGAAAGGGUUUUGAAGUUUUCCGAAGAAUGGAAAAAUUUUGAUUGUACAGUGUGAAAUAUUUAUUAAAACUCAACUAGAACAACA